CCUCUGAGUUCUCUAACUCGAACAAUUCAUUAAAAAUACAUGUUUUAAAAUUUUCAGAAAGUAGCAAAAUGCAGGCAUUUCUCAAAACUGGUAAAAUUUCAAACGCUGAUAAACCUUCAUCAUCUGGCACUAAAGCAGUGAAAAAGAAACCGCCAGCGCCCUGGGUUGAAAAAUAUCGGCCGAAAACCAUCGAUGAUAUUGUCGAUCAGGGAGAAGUCGUGCAAGUUCUUCGCGAAUGUUUGGCGGGUGGGGACCUACCUCACUUAUUGUUUUACGGACCGCCAGGAACAGGCAAAACGAGUGCAAUUCUCGCGGCGGCGCGGCAGCUGUUUGGGGACAUUACUCGUGAUCGUGUCCUUGAACUUAACGCAUCUGAUGAGCGCGGUAUUCAAGUUAUAAGAGACAAAGUCAAAGCAUUUUCUCAAUUAACAGCCAGCAAUAAGAGACCCGACGGAAGACCAUGUCCACCUUACAAAUUAGUGAUAUUAGACGAAGCAGACUCAAUGACAUCAGCAGCACAGGCUGCAUUGCGUCGUACUAUGGAAAGAGAGACACGCACAACUAGAUUUUGUCUCAUAUGCAACUAUGUGUCCAGGAUUAUACCUCCAAUCACCAGUAGAUGUUCGAAAUUUAGGUUCAAACCACUCGCAAGAGAAAAUGUUAUCAAAAGAUUACAAGAAGUAUGUGAAGCAGAAGGCGUUGACGUUGGCAAUGGUGAUAUACUGCAAGAUGCAGUUGAUACGUGUGAGGGGGACUUGCGUCGUGCACUUACUGCUUUACAAUGUUGCCAGCGAUUAAUUGGCAAGAUUACCCCUGAAGGAUUAAUAGAGGUAACUGGUCUUGUUCCUCAAGAAUUGGUUGAUAAGUUCCUUAGCACUAAAAACUACAGUGAGUUGGAGGCAUUUGUUGAAAGUUUCCUAAUGGACGCAUACUCAGCAUCACAAUUAUUAGAACAGCUAAGCGCUACAGUGGUCCAAAGUGGUCAUCUUACCAAUAAACAGAAAUGCACUAUAAGUGAAAAAAUCGCCGUUUGCUCUCAUCGCUUACUAGAUGGGGGUGCAGAAGUCAUGCAACUUACUGACUUAGGUUGCACUAUCAUUAUGGCAAACAACGAUCCUUAAUUGUCGAAUUAGAAAUGUUAUUUUCAUUUUUAUAAUUAAACAGUUAAGCUAUUUUGUAUAAUCAUGGAACCAAAAUAAAAUUUAUGUGAGAAAAA